UUUCCAAAAAAACUUUUCCACCUGAAAAAUUUGAAUUCGUCACCCACGUCCCAAUCAACUAUCAUCAUUCCGUCCCUCCGAGCAUUGUCGUCUGCUCGACCAUUGCUCUCCGGUGUUAUGAUCAUAUCAUACCUGGCUCGGAUUGUACUCCUGCUCCCCGAGCUCUCAUCAGGAGACACUGAUCGUCUAGCCGAGAUAGCGGCAAAUCAGGAGCACUCGAUUCAGCUGGAUCAAAUGCCACCAGACCGAACGUUCCACUACCCAAACAUCCCAUCUUCUCAACAUGAUCGGCGGAGGGAAGGCGGAAAACGUAAAAAGUUCCGAAAAGAGCGACUCGACGAGCCAUGCACAGCUAUUAAUGAAACAUUGCGGAAAAAUUUGCUACAGGAACUCUUCGACGACUCGUACGACAAAAAUAACCUGCCCAGUGCAAAUUCUACAGAGGUGAUUGUCGAACUAACUGUCCAGUCGAUCACAGAAAUCAGCGAGUUCUCGUCAAGUUUCAAAGCGGACGUCUGGUUCUCGCAAAUCUGGCGUGAUCCCCGUUUAGACUUUUCCGAUCGCAACUAUUGUCUCAAGAACAUUUCACUCGCAUCGCACAAAUUGCCAACUAUGUGGUCGCCGAACGUAUGCUUUGUGAAUAGCAAAAAAGUCGAAAUCCACGCGUCACCUUCUCAAAACAUUCUUCUCUUGAUAUUUCCAAAUGGUACGGUAUGGCUGAACUUUCGAGUAUCACUAACAGGUCCUUGCAAGCUAGACCUUACCUAUUUCCCAAUGGAUCGACAAUCGUGCAAUCUCGUUUUUGAGAGCUAUUCCUACAACACAGCAGAAGUGCGAAUUGUGUGGAGGGACUGGGAUGCCGUGACGAUACCUGACCCAGAUUCCAAGAACCUUCCAGAUUUUGAACUAGUAAAUAUAGAACAUAUGAAUGCAACACUAGUAUAUACAGCCGGACUUUGGGAUCAGCUUGAAGUAAAGUUCACGUUUCGACGAUUAUACGGGUAUUAUGUGCUUCAGGCGUAUAUGCCGACAUAUCUAUCGGUUUUCAUAUCAUGGAUUGCUUUUUGGAUUGACACCAAGGCGCUUCCUGCUCGAAUAACCCUUGGCGUAUCUUCUCUCAUGGCUCUUACUUUCCAAUUUGGUAAUAUUGUGAAAAACCUACCACGUGUCAGUUACGUGAAAGCUCUCGAUAUCUGGAUGUUCGGAUGCGUGGGCUUCAUUUUCUUAUCCCUAGUCGAGCUCGCUGUUGUAGGAUUUGCUGACAAAUUGGAGGCGAAACGGAGAAGACAUAAUAGAUGCAAAGAGCAAUUGAUGAUGAGAAGCGAUUCAGAGCAGCAAUGGCUUUCAAGGUUGUCCGGGCAACGACCUCAAGUCUCAGAAACCAAUUCAGAUGCUACCCACACGAUUCAAAUUAACGAUGGGAAUGGGAACGUGAGGCGGAGAAAAAGUGAAGAAAAACGGCAGAAACUUCUGCUCCAAAUGGAAAGCCCUAUGUUUGUUAAUGGGGAAAAAAUUGACGAGAUCUCAGCAAAGCUGUUUCCACUUUUAUUCACGGCAUUCAAUAUUUUCUACUGGUUCUACUACAUUGGCAUGUCAGGAGGAUUUUUCUAAAUAGUCAAUGCUACAUUUGUCUCUAGAUCUCUCUUUGAAAACUUUAAAAGUUAUCAUAUUCUAUCUUGUGAUUUUUGUGUUGUAUUUGUGGAUUUCAUAUUGUUCAUUGAAUACUGAAUAUUUCUAUUGACAUUAACUUUUCAACGCGGGUAGGUAAGCGAGAAAGCUCGAUAAAAAAUAAAGAAAUUUUCAUGAAA